UGUCUUCGUUUGAGCUUAUUGAUAGCAACCUUGUUCCUGUCCUUCUCCGUUUACUCACUACAAAAGAUAAUGAAAAACGUAUCGGAAAUAUAAAAAAGUUUUCAGCUGUUUUCUUGUCUACACCGGAAUAUGGAGCACUAACUGCCAAACUCCACGAAGUACUUCAUCGCACUGAACAGUUCCCACGUGUUACACUUGACACUUUUAUAAGGAAAGGCAGCGCCCGACCAGAUAGAAAGAGACCCCUCGUGUCUGACCAGGAGGCACUCUUUCACGUGCUUACUGCCCCUGUGCGGGUUUCCUUGCGCCCUCUUGACAUUGAUUCCACCGAUAAGAAUUAUACGAUGGUUGUCUAUGCUGAUCCCGUUUCUUCCCUUGAAGCUAUUGAGGCUUAUAUUUUAAGAAAAUUAGAACCUAAAGAGGCGGUGUCUUCAUCUUCCACUGAGGAGCCCAUGUCGAUACGACUUCUUUCGGCAGCAGCCAAUGGAUAUAAAGAGAGCGCUGAUGCUAGUAAAGAAAAAUUAUCAGAGCCAAUCAUCGACAGCGAAAAUAAUGAAGAACUGACUGUCGACUUCACUAAGCAAGAGCAGCAGCCGCAGCCUUCCCCCCGACUCCCCGCCAAGCGGAACAGGAAAGUUCGCGAUUCUUUUCUCCCGCUCAUCCAUCCGAGAACGACCAGUGUUUACCGCCAAUCAUCUUCUGCUCCCCAGGGGCGUGUUUUUUUUUUCUUCAAUGGGGAAAGAUUGUCUUCGAAGGAUACUGUGUUUAAAUUUGUUUUAAAGCAAAGCAAACACGUGAUCAAGUCACAUGUUAGUUUGGAGUAUCAACACGUGCCACGGGACAAGAGUUUUCCGGAAGAACAAAUAACCGCCAUCAUGGAUAGAUCCAAUUUUUUCAGUAUUUUUGAGUAUCUUGGGACGCUAAGAUGCAUGUGCGAUCUGCCCAAUCAGAUUUUUACGCUUCUUAAAUUGUUGUAUAUUUUGAACAGGGAUUGGUGGCUUUUUAAUAAUAAGCUCCCCGCUUGGCGCUCUUGCCUUUCCUUAAAUUCUUUUAUUACUGUAAAACUGAGCUCAAAACUUGUUUCUCAGUUGCAGGACCUCCCCACUGUGGCCAGCUGCAAUAUACCCACGUGGUGCUAUGAAGCUGCGGAAAAGUUUCCUUUUCUGUUUACUUUUGAAUCACGUGUUCUCUUCAUGAGGGUCACAGCGUUUGGUGGGUUUCGAGGGCUUAACUACUUAGCGAAAAGUCAAUACGCCGGUCAAUCGAUUGAGCGGGAGCGGGUUUUUGAGAGCUUCAUGAAAAUUGUGGAAGAGCAUUUUGAUUCGAAAACAAGUCUCGAAAUCGAUUUUUUAAAUGAGGUUGGAAGCGGUUUGGGCCCCACUUUGGAGUUUUUUACGCUUUGCUCGAACGAGUUUAAAAGGCGCGAUCUGAACAUGUGGUGGAAGGACACUUAUCAUGAACCUUUGCACUCUUCAAAAUAUGUAACUUUCUUGGCUGGUUUGUUCCCGAAAUUUACUACGGAUCCUUCCGAUAAAGUUUUGAAGUACUUUUCUUCUUUGGGAACCUUUUGUGCUAAAGCGUUGGCCGAUCAGCGUUUGGUGGAUAUUCUCUUUAGCCCUGUUUUUUGGCUUCUUUCUAUUGGCGGAAAGGACCAAAUAGCCCAACUGUGUGUGGCCAGUUUAGCGGAUAUUGACUAUCGACUUUUUACUUCACUCAAAGCGCUACAGCAGAUCGUUGAUGAACGGAAGUUUUAUGAAAAAGAAGACAACAUUAUAAAAUUAGCGGAAGUCGAUCAACACGUAGAAAAUAUGAGUAUUUCUUGGUCUUAUCCUGGUCAUGCCGACGUUAUUAUGAAAACUAGUAAUGAAUUUGUUAGUGGAAAAGAACUUGAAGAAUAUAUUUUUUCUGUAGCUCAUUAUACUUUCUUUGUUGGGUGUACUCAACAAAUUCAAGCGUUUGUGAGUGGUUGGAAUAAAGUUUGCAGCAUAAAAGUUUUGCAAAGUUUUACUCCUGAAGAAAUUAAUACUCUUUUAUGCGGUGUGGAAGAUCAAUGGGAUUCUGAAACGAUUAUUUCUUCGAUUCAACCUGCGCACGGCUACACUUUCCAAAGUGCGAGUGUUGAAAAUUUUAUUUCUAUAAUUUCUUCUUUUGAUUCGCUUCAACGACGGCAACUUCUAAAGUUUCUUACUGGAAGCCCGCGACUUCCUUCUGGAGGGCUGAAAAGUUUGAGCCCACCUUUAACAAUCGUUAAAAAAGUUGUCGAAACUUCUGCUGAUGAUUAUUUGCCAAGCGUGAUGACUUGCGUGAAUUACCUCAAACUUCCAGAUUAUUCAUCAAAGUCUGUCAUGCAAAAAAAGUUGCUAAUAGCGAUGUAUGAAGGCUCGGAAUCUUUUCAUCUUUCUUAG